AACCGAGCCUAGCGGCUGAUUUUGGUCGGGCAGCGUGGUGGCCGCGGAUACCGGUGAAGCGAAGCGCCCUGUGUUUUUGUUUCGACGGCAAAUUCGCGUGGCGUUUGAACGAUUCACCCGAAAAUGCCUUGUCGAAAAGAGAACUACAUCUUGCUGGAGCAGUCCGUGACGGUGGACUCUAAGGAGGUGGACGCGCUCGUGACGAAGAUCGGCGAGGCGCUUCAGCUGCACAACAAUAGCGCUACACAGCAGACCAUGUCGCGUCUCCACGGGCUGAGCAGCACCAGCAACACCACCGCCACCAUUAACGGCAGCAACAACGGCAGCAACAGCAACAAAGCCGCCAGCGCGCAGAAGAGAGCCGGCUGCUGUAUACGCCUUCGCAAUGGCCGGAAAGCGACCCGCGCGAGUCCCUACAACAUCCCCGGUUCCAGUGACCAGGAGUGGGACCAUUUCGCGGCGUGGAACCGAAAGGGACUCGACGGCACAGGAAACGAGGAUGACCCCCACCAGCUCCUCCAGGAACUGAUCCUCUCUGGGAACCUGAUCAAAGAAGCGGUCAGGAGGCUUCAGUUUUCCUCCGAGACGCACCGCGAUUUCUCCAAACAAAUCGACUGAAAACAUUAGUUGGGAGCCGGGGGACUAAAAACGCCGUGCUGGAGCCGGAUCGCUGUCUGAUCAUCUCGGCUAGUUCAGCGAGUUCAUGAUGAUAUGUUUUUUGUUUGGGGUUCUUUUUGGAAGUGACAAGAAAAAACUGUAGCGGUAUUUCAGCUGUUAGACAGCGCUUUUUCUUUUCUUUUUCUUUUUCAAAACAUGACUGAACGGGAUGAGUCUGAACACGCGGAUUCACAUUUAGGUGCAUCUCUUUAAAUUUUCCCCCACGAACAAAUCGAUCUGGGCAAAUCAUUAUUAUUUGUCCUGAACUCCACGCGUAUUGUGUUCACAUUGUGUUGUUGAAACGGUAUUCCUGUUUUGCGGGCUAGUAGACCAAAUGGUCGGUGCACCAUGUUUAGGUAGCAAGUAAGUGGUUAGCAUUGUGCCCUUGGCGUGCUACCUUUGUUUACAGUCUUUUGCUAUCAGUAGCUUGUUAUGGGGAUGGGCCACUGGUACUUCAUUACAAACACACACACACUCUCCCUUACUGAACAAUAAGGUACUUCAUUGUCUGUGUUUUGGACUUUCAGACUGUUUUCUACACCCACGUGGACUUCUCCAUCGAGUUUCACUGGAAACACAGGAACUGUUGGGGAUUUUUUUUUUUUUUUUUUUUUUAUUACACACAGGAGAAUGUCACUUAUUUUUGUUGUUGUUGAUGUAUUAGUACAAGGAGAGGAGUGUGUGAGAUGCGGAGAUGUUCACAUCAGACUCUGGUGCUUUUAAGAAUUCCUGUAUGGAGUUCGUUUGUUUCUCUGCUUUCUCUCGAAAAUGUCUGUAUGCUUCGUAACGAAGUCAUUUUUACAGCCCUGACUUUUCAGGAGGUUUGGUCUAUAAUAAACACGGUGGAUUUUUUUUUUUGCCA